AUGUAUCGCUCUCUGUUCGCCUUCAACUCUACGGAGCGGAACGCACUGCACUUCCCCGCGGGAGAAUCUUUUAUAAUUCUCGAGCGCAGCAGCGUGCACUGGUGGCUCGCGACGCGCUGCAGCUCCGGCGAGACGGGAUACAUCCCUGCGACAUAUAUAGAGAAAAUACCGGCUCCAGAGCAUGAUGAAGUUUUGCAGUCGAUUGAUCGAGCCAUUGAAGCCAUUCACAAUGUGGCCAUGACAAAUGGAGGCAAAUACAAUCUGGAGCAGAGAGAUGUUCUGCAGAAGUUGAUCCAUCACAGGAAGGAGACUCUGUCUCGCAGAAGUCCCACUGCAUCCAAUCACAAGCAGAAACUCCCAUCAUCCUCUAGUGAUGUGUCAUUGAGCCGAACGCCGCCGCCAAAUGGUCUGAACCGAACCUACAGCUGUCAGAGUAAUGAGCCUGUCUCAGAGAGCUGCGCUGGUGCUCCUGGACUCUAUCAGGUUCCUCCUCAUCCUCGUCGAGCGGCUCCUGUAAUUCCACCAGAGAAACACAGAGAGCCACGACGCAAUGAUCCAGAGGUGCCACCUAGAGUGUCCUCCUCAAGCCCUGCCCCCAACCCUGCGCCAGCUGCUGCUAUUGGACCCACUCCAUCGGUCAGCUCCACCUCCUUAGACUCUGGCUCUUCCCACUCCGUGAUCUCCUCAGAUGUCAGUCUUCCCAGUGUCAGCAGCACUCCGCCUCCUGUGCCAAAACGAGGCAAGGCUCCACCCCCUCCCCUACCUGACCACUCCCCAUCCCCCCAACAAGAUCCUUCUAGAAAGGGCCCGGCCCCUCAGCCAGUCAGUUCACAGCCUGCCACUGAGCACCAAUCAAAAGUGGAGUGGCCAUUGGCCCCACCCCCCAUUUCUCAAAGCCCCUCCCACUCUGCAACUGUUCCCAUGACGAUUGGAGCAGAACUGAUCGAACUGGUGAGGAAAAACACGGGCCUUAGUUACGACCUUUCUCGGGUUGCCGUGGGCGUCGUCGUGGGUCAUUUGCAGAGCGCUUUACCGACGGCAGCAUCUCACCUGGAGCAAGUGCUGCUGUCAUUGGUGGAGAGUAAGGAUUCGAACUCGGUGCUGCCGCUCGGACAGGUGUGUCAUGACGAGCAGCGGCUGCAGGUGAUCUUUGGUGAUUUGGCUCGUCACCGUGACGACUCUCAGCAGCGCAGCUGGGCACUUUAUGAAGAUCACGCCCUCAUCGCAUGUUACCUGGAGGAACUACUGCAGAUACUGACGGACGCAGAUCCUGAGGUGUGUAAGAAGAUGUGUCGUGUGAAUGAGUUCGAGCCGGUCCAGUCGCUGGUGUCAUACUAUCAGAUGGAGCAUCGCGUGUCACUGCGUCUGCUGCUGUUGAAGGUGUUUGGUGUGAUAUGCGGUCUGGACGCGGCGCUCAUCUCCGCUCUACUGAACUCCGUGUUGACCAUGGAGCUGGCGCGAGACCUGCAGAAUGACACGCAUGAACAUGAGAAAAUGUGUUACAGCGCGCUGCUGCUCGCAAUGAUCUUCAGCACGGGAGAACAGAUCCCACUGCAUCACUACGAUCAUUUGAACAGCUGUUUUCUUGCAUUCCUACUGGACGUGAUUGAAGACGGUUUGCCCUCUGACCCCACCGAGCAGCUGCCCGACCUCUUUAUUAACCUUCUGCUGGCGUUCAACCUCCACCUGAGCGUACCAGAGAGUAAUAUGGUGAUGCUGGCGCUGAUCAAGAGAAACAAUGUGAAGAUUCUCACUGAGAAGAUGUUAUUACUGCUCAACAGAGGAGAGGAUCCUGUGUGUGUGUUUAAACACGCUCCUGCUGCGCCGCACGCUGUGCUCAAGUUCCUGCAGGAUGUGUUUGAGAGACGAGAGACGGCAGAUAUUUUCUACCACUCGGAUCUGAUGGUGAUGAUUGACAUCGCAGUGAGACAGAUCUCAGACCUGUCACCUGGUGAUAGAAUGCGUAUGGAGUAUCUGUCUCUGAUGCUCGCCAUCAUGCGCUCCACCGAUUACCUGCAGCAUCAGCAUCGACUGGCCGACCUGCAGGCGGUGCUGCACAGGAUUCUGGGCGAGGAAGAUGAGGACGAAGGUUCGAGCAGACAUAUGGACAAACUGAUCGUACAGCAGAUCUAUAAAGAGUUUCCUCACAUCUGUAGAAACUGACGUAGAGUUCACAUGAGGCAUGCUGGGUAAAUCUCAUAUGUUUCAUACUGUUCCUGUUGAUCUGAAUAAUGCAGCACCUUCAUCAGUCCAGUAACCUGAUAGAAAAGCUCCUCACAUCUGUCAUUAUGGUGUUAUACAUGUAAACAUCUCUUAUUAACAGCAGAAGAAAUCACAUCUCACAGUCUGAUAGUGUUUUCUCUUGACCUCAGAUCGAUCAGUACAUUACAUGAAACUCUCACAAACGUUUACUCUUUUAUUUGCUUUUGUGUUUCUGAUUAGUGCAGUCAGUUGACACGUCCUAACCCUUGACCCCUAAGGCUAACAACAAACUGUAACACUAAAACCUGACUCCUGACCUCUCUCACUUAUGUCAGUAAAAGGUGGAUUUGGAGUUGACUUGAUUUCAUCAGUAUUAAUACAGUUAUCCAUUAAUACACUGAACACACUUCUGUUUAUAACAGGUUUGUGUAUGCGAGUGUGUUUGUUAUUUUUCUGAUCAUUUUACCCGUUUAAACAUAUGAUGCAGCUUAUAAACAGCUAAAGUAUCUAUUUUACCCCUUUCAAGUUUUUGUUCAGAAGGGAAGCAGUGACAUAAUAUAUUUUCUUAAUGUUGAAAAACUAAUAAAAUGCUGCCAUGCUAAUCACCUGAAA